AUGAAGUCUAUGUUUCCAUUUCCUACAGUGAACCUGGCCAAGCCGCUGGGAGUGAAGUUCAAGAGGGGGAACGAUGGGGCAGCCUACGUCUCCAUCACUGACCCCCGUCUGGGCAACACCGACCCAAGGAUCAAGCCGGGCGACCGAGUGGUGGCCGUGUCUGCCAGCUUCGGGGGCGACGUCUGGGAGGCUCGCAAUUUUGGGCAGGUGAUUUAUGCUAUCAAGACCCGGAAUGGCGAGGUCUUCCUGCGUCUGGAGAGCCGAGGUGGCAACCUGGACGUAUUUGAGAACCUCGAUGAGACGGAGGAGCAGCGUCUGUGGAAGGAGGAUCGGACGGUGGGCAACUACAGCGCGGGGACGAAGGAGGUCCAGCUCCGAAACUACGACUCCAAGAAGAGGGCGGAGCAGGAGCGCAAGGACCUCUUCAACAUGGCGCUGUCCCGAUUCAAGGCCCAGAACGUGGAGGAGGUGGCCCUGAUCGACUUUGAGAAUGUACUGUCCAUGGAGCCCCCCAACUUCUUGGGCGACGACUUCUCCCGCGUGACCAACAUCGCCCGCGUGACGCAGUACAACAUAGCCUGCUGCUAUGCCGCGCUGGGCCAGGUCGACUCCGGCCUCGAGGCACUGGAAAGCGCGCUGGACUCUGGCUUCGAGGACUACGCCAAGGUCCGCUCCGACAAGAACCUGGAGAAGCUGCGCACCUCCCCCCGCUUCAAGACCAUCAUCGACAAGUAUGACGAGCCCUUCAUCAACGAGGCCGCCAUCAGUGCGAUCAAGAACAUCUUCUCUUUUGGGAGGAAGAAGUAG